AUAAGUGUCUUUACACCUUAUCGUCCCUUCGGCAACGCCUAUGAACGAUUUUGUAUAAAUAACCAAACGCAAACGCAGCGUUUCAUACUCAUCAUCAUCUCCAAACAGAGCAGCUCGAAACAAUGGCUUGCAAAACGAUUCUGCGCUCCGUCUUCCUCUCGGAAUCACGUCGGACCUCCGCAGCAAGUAGAUGCUUCUUUUUCCCUCCUUCUCCGGCAUCAGUUCCUGUCCAUGGAUUGUUCCCGGCGCCGAAUAGACUAAGUUUCAGCGGUUUCGCCUCUGUUCCGGACCGGCUCCCUCGUCUCAGUUGCACCAAUAACGAUCAAUCUGAGCAAGGUCCGCCUCAAGAGGCUGUGCUCAAGGCGAUUUCAGAAGUGUCGAAGACUGAUGGGAGGGUUGGGAAGACUACCAAUGUGAUUAUUGGAGGCACUGUUGCUGAUGAUUCUUCUAAAGAUUGGCUUGAACUUGACCAAAAGGUCAAUACAUACCCAACAGAGAGAGGGUUUACUGCGAUAGGGACUGGUGGAGAUGACUUUGUGCAUGCUAUGGUCGUUGCUGUUGAGUCUGUCAUUGACCGUCAAAUUCCAGAGGAUUGUGUGAAGCAGACAUUAUCAAGCAAAGGCAAAUAUGUAUCGGUUAAUAUUGGCCCUAUCCGAGUUGUCUCUAGUGAACAGGUUCAAGCAGUGUAUAAUGCAAUGAGGAGAGACGAAAGAAUGAAAUACUUCUUAUAGGUUUUGAGGUGUGGUGGUAGAAUCACACGGCUCUUCCCUCUUCUCUAUUCUCCAUUUCGACUAUGUAAAUUAUGCAGGUGUAAGGCCAUCAUUUAUUUUAUUCGUGCUUAUUUACACCAACUAAAGUCUUCCUUCUUUAAUUAUUAUAUCAAAGAUGACUUAUCAAAAA